CGACGAAGACGUUCAUGGAAGACGCCGACAUGAGCGAACAGUGGAAAGAGCUGAGCGACGGCUACGGGCAGAGCAAGUGGGUAGCGGAGCAGAUGUGCAUGCAAGCAAGGUCAAGGGGACUCCCCGUAAGCAUCUUGAGGCCUGGGAAUAUGUCCCCCUCUGCGACAACAGGGGCGUGGAACCCUUCGGACUUCAUCUACAUGCUGCUCCAGGGCUGUCUCGACCUGGGCUGCGUACCGGAGGGGGUUGCCUGGCAAAUUGACGUCACCCCCGUGGACUUCGCCGCUCGGGCCAUCGUGCACGUGGCCGUUGACCAGCCAAGCAAGAUACUUGGACACGUGCUGCACAUCCAAAAUCCCGGAAAGCCGCAGACGUUUGAGAACGUGGCCGCCUGGCUCAAGGAGGCUACGGGGGCACAGCUCGAAGGCGUUUCGAUGGACGAGUUUCGGCGACGGCUGGGCAAGGCGGUCGAGGAGAUGGGGCCAAAGGACGGCGGCGUCCUGGCUCAGCUGGAGUCGGGCCUGGACGGGUUCGCUUACUACCUCGCCGACCCGGCCAUCCUGGACUGCGCUGGGCUCGCGGCGGCGCUGGAGGGAUCAGGCAUCGACUGUCCUUUGCUAGACAAGGACCUCAUCAGCGUCUACGCCUCCACUCUUGCCGCGGGAAGAGAGUAGUCUAGUAGACAGACUACGCGGCACACGUCACUCUAGUGCUUAGUAGCUCAGAACGACACGAAUAUUUGAACAGGCCGUGAGAACUCGCAGCCGACCUCAAGGACCUACCUAGUACAUGUAGUCUAUCCCCACAGACGUAAACAGUGUACAGGGACCAUUGGUUUUCGUGGGGGCUAAUUGCGUAACCUUCGUGCCAAGAAGAGUGCCUAUCUCCACGGCUGUCUUAGAAAUGGCGAGGGCAACGAUAUACCUCGAAAAUCCUUGACCUGUCCCUGAUGGAUUGAUUGCCGUUGUCUCUUGUCUGGAGUGAAGGUGACGAUUCUUAGUGAUGUCAGUUCCUUCUUGAAAAGGCUUGUGUCUUGUUUUUUUACCUGCGGGGGGCGUGCUUGGGACAAUCGUGUUUUGUCACAGCCGAUCGCUUUCACUUUGCUGGUUGGUUGUUUGUCCUCCCGACAACAAGCACGAGAUGCACGAACGAUGCCAGUGUUCCUUUGCAGAAGGGAAAGAUCACCGUUUCAAGAAACUUCUACUUGUAUUGGCCGUUUCUGUAGAGGCGUGAAUGUGUCCCCAUUCAGCCUUGGUGCUGCCAUUAAGUCUUGUGGCGCCUCUUGAGUCUUGGAACGUGCUGCUAUGGUCUGAGUGUUUUCCCCGUUGGAAGGCAUAGCUGCUCCAGACGGGGUCGUUCAUGUUUCCGGCUCUUGAGUUUUUUUUUUUAUUGCUCAAAUGUGACUCGGUCGAAGGGAAUGAUGUUGGGGGGCUGUGUGCUGGAAGUGAGCAAAGAAAGACGAACAUGCAUUUUCAACCUGCAAAGGAAAGCCAUGCCAACAUAGUCCAUUUGCCAAGGGAGUGAAGAUUGCACAGACGGUUUACCGACCCGAAAUACGGGUAGUGGCCGCUGUGAAAUGGUGAUCCGGGGAACUUCCAUUAUUGGAUCCACGGAACUUACUAGAGGGGUUGGGGAGGGCUGGUUAAAUGCAUGUCGCUAGGAACACAUGUAGAGUACUGUCUCCCUUUUUGCGACAAACGAUAAAGUGGCAGCCGUACUCCACAACACAUCAAGUAGGCAUUGAUCACGAUAGCGCUGUGUUGUGUAGUGCAGUAGUGCGGCAAUUUCUGUCCUUCUGGCAGUUGCAGACCUCCUGCGCCACUAGCUAUUGUUGUUUUUCUGCCGCCACUAGCCAUUGUUGUGUUUCGUGUGUCUACGCGUUAGCAAGUGCGUUCAUUUCAUAGUGCAUCUCUUUGAAGUACAAAAGAGAAGCACAAUCACAAGACAGGAGGGCCAUGAGCGUGUUGGAGGGACAAAUACCAAAAGAAAUACCACAGGUUCAGGUUGCGUGAGUAAAACGUUUGUGGUACAUUCAAUUUCUGUUAUGGCACGAGCCGAUGCGGCAAGCAAGAAUAUCUAGAAGGUAGCGAAAACCGCGGGCGAUCGGUGGCGGUAAUGUGCCGGCCGCGCAUCGCAUCAGCAGGCAUGUUCCGUUGCCUACAUACCGGUCGCCCCGGUGGUCUAGUGGGUAGCCUCGCAGCCUGCUAAGGGCCAGGUCAGGGGCCAGAGGGGCAGACGACAGAGUCCAAUGAUGGAAAAAAAAAAAACAGCGUAGGUGUACAUGUGAUGAUGUUGCAUGUAGGCUGUGUACUGCUUCGGCCUUGCUUUUUGUCUUGCGUGCAUGGUACACAGCUGCAGGUCAUUGGUGGGGCGUUCUACAGUAGCUGGUUAGCUUGUCGUGAAGCAAGUAUGUACGGAGUUGAUAUGUCGUGGAGAGCAAGGUCCUCAUGGGCGCAUCGAGAGCUCAGAUGCGAAAAUGAGAGAUUGUUGUUCAUCCUACAGGUGAAGAUGAAACACAUAGAUUUUGUCACGCACGCAUACAUGAAAAGAUUCGAAUAUCCAAGGUGAAUGAAAGCAAGAGAAGAGGUGGCACACCUGUGUGGGGAACAAUCGUCAGUUGUCAAGCAUGUGUACCCGGUAUUGAUUUGAGAUGUACCGUUGCCUUCGACCCGUGGCGGGAGAUAUGAUGGAAUUGGGUUGCUUCGUGCUGUAAUCCCUGGGGUUGGUCCGAUGAAUGACCUGCAUCAUGACAUUGUGAUAGCAAGUCGACGAGUAUCGUCGCGUUGCCUGUCUGAAGUGUUCCAGUUUUUAGCGGUUAAUACAGUCGAGGGCGCACACAGCGACACGCUUGCAUGCUCACCGAGCACGACAAAAAGUUCUGCUAAGCAACACGGACAA